GUGCUUGAACUGGACAUGGGAUGCGAUGCGCGAGUCCUUCAGAAACCAUAUUCUAACCAACUGGGCGCAAUUGCCGAGAACGGAACUGAUGGAGACUACGUACAUGUUUUAUUGGAGACUUGAAAAGACCAAUUGGAUGAGAAUAGCCUAUGGUUUACGUCGUGAGAAUGGUGUGAUACUUUGCGGCACACGGAAUUAAGCACCGCGGGGUGAUUCCCCACCUCUGUGAGUCUCCAUCACUAUAUGUUCUCAGUUUGUCUCGUAUUCGUCCUCCAGGCAGAGUGCGUACAACCCUCAUCGAAGCAGACCCAGCCGCGCAUGGCCGCCAAUCUGUUCCGUUUAUGGGGCACAGCAUCCUUUCAGGCAGCCUACACCGUAGAAUACAUUCAGACAACGCAGUCCUUUAGGCUACAGGAUUUCAAAUAUUUUUUUUACUUGAUAGCCUUUCAAUGAAAUAUUAUAUUUUUCUUUAUUUACGUUUUCCUUGCCAACUGGAUAAAAAUAGGCUAUAUAUUAUUUAUUGAAACCCCUUUAUGGCCAGUAUUUAUAAAUAUCAAUGGAAUGAUACUUCUGCUGUGCAGUCCUGCGCUUCAUCGGAUACCUGGCUGGUUUUACAGGGCGUGGUGUUCAUGCUAAACACUACAGGUGACACAGUUCAGGAGGUGGUGUACUGGAGAGACGCGUGUGCCGGUGAGACGCCGCCAAAAAUGUACAGAACAGAAAUCAAGACUGUUUACUAAGGAGAUCUCUACAAUAAUAUUUAGCCAAAACCCAGAUAUAGAGAGAGUGUGAACUUGACUAAAGCCAAAAAAAUGACUCACUUGCAAGCGGGCCUGAGCUCCGAGACCACAGAGAAAGCUCGCCAGGAGCUCAACGAGAACCCUGACACCCUCCAUGCGGACAUCCAGCAGGUGCGCGACAUGAUCGUGACGCGGCCCGACAUUGGCUUUCUGCGCACGGAUGACGACUUCAUCCUGAGGUUUCUGCGGGCGCGCAAGUUCAACCAGGCAGAGACCUUCCGGCUCCUGGCCCAGUAUUUUCAAUUCCGCCAGCAGAACCUGGACAUGUUCCAGAGCUUCAAGGUUGACGACCCGGGAAUCAAGAGGGCUCUGAUGGACGGCUUCCCAGGUGUCCUGGAGACCCUGGAUCAGCAUGGCAGGAAGAUACUCAUCCUAUUUGCUUCCAACUGGGACCAGGGAAGGAGCUCUUUCACAGACAUCCUCCGAGCAAUCCUCCUCUCCCUGGAGGUUCUCAUAGAGAACCAAGAACUCCAGAUCAACGGCUUCAUCUUGAUCAUCGACUGGAGUAACUUCUCCUUCAAGCAGGCAUCCAAGCUCACGCCCAACAUUCUCAAACUGGCAAUCGAAGGCCUGCAGGACAGCUUCCCUGCUCGCUUCGGUGGGAUCCAUUUUGUGAACCAGCCCUGGUAUAUCCACGCCAUGUACACCAUCAUCAAGCCUUUCCUCAAGGACAAGACUAGGAAAAGGAUUUUCCUCCACGGGAACAACCUCAACAGUUUACACCAGCUUAUCCUACCCGAUUGUCUGCCGUCCGAGUUCGGUGGCACGCUGCCGCCCUAUGACAUGGGCAUCUGGGCACGGACCCUCUUAGGGCCCAACUACAACGACGAGACGGAGUACACACUCACCUACGACGCCCUCCAUGUCAAAGGGAGCUAUGGUGGCGGAGAUAAGGAAUGUGCCAACAAACUUAUGAAAAGGUCCGAGUCAGCCGUGGAGCCGGGUACCCUACGGCAAGCUGACAGGGACAACACGGCACAGCCACUCCUGGCUCUGGACUGAUCACUCCGAUCCGUCCACAUUGUAUCCAAAGCACUCUAAUUUGGAUUCCAACUCCACUGACUCCAAAACCCUAAACUGAACUUUGAGAAAGUCAAAAACGCAGGCACUGACCCAAAAUGGAGACUAAACCCUUGUUCACAUGGAGCUGCUGUACUGAAACCCUCUCAUCUCUUGACUGUGAGCCAGUGCCAGUUUCAGUUCAGGCCCUUCAAAAGCUGUGCCAUCCACUUUCACUGGCAAAACUAUAGGUCACCAGCCAUCCAAAUCAAUGCCGAUAAAAGUAGAAUGAUUAAACUAAUGUUUGUUUUAAACAGUACCACUAGGAAACACUGACUGGCCGAGUUAAAUGUCCAAAAGCCCCGCAAACAGAAUGCCAAACUACUGUAUCUUACUGUUUUAGGGGCUGUUGUUUCUAUGAAAGUCAAUAUAUUUCAAGAUUGUAUAUUUAUCAGGGCUACUGCACUAUCAGUGUGACCUCCAUCGAACCAAAAUGUAUUUAAGUCAACUUUAAAAGAAUGUAUAGGAAAUGUAUUUUAAGUUAUGUGUCGUGUUCAUUACGUGUGUGUGUUAGUGUCUCGGUGUGUGUGUGUUCAGGUUGUCAUCGAAAAUCACACAACGGAGUAUAAUUUCAAAUGAGAUUAAUCACAUUAUUGUUACACUAUACAAAUGAAGCUACCUAUGUAAAUAAACACAACUUUCUGUUUAUAUCACUUGA